AUGCACUACGUUUCGCUCUCUUCUACACUCGAUGGACACCCACCAAGCACGCAAAACCCUGAGGUACCGUUGCCGUCUCCUCGACGAUGGAGCAAAGCAUUGGAUGCGUGGAGGAAGAAUCGCCUCGGUUUAGCGGACGCAUGUCUCUAUGAUAUACCUGUUAUUGCAGGUCGCCAUGCCAAGAAAACUACUGAUGCAACAGCUGAUUACUCAAUCUUCCAUCAACCCGCAACCGACGCUUUCGAGCCCAUACCCUUUGGGAAAAGGACACGCCAACAGGAAGCUGCCAUCAAUGAAAUGAUGCAGGAAUCGCUCCGUUACCUGUUCGAUACUCACAAUGUAUCAUCAUUGUGCAGGUCGCCAUUGUCUGAUCAGACGCCAUGGGACUCUGACAGCAGUCAUGAUGACUCUGACAGCGAUGCCAAAGAACAAGAGCGUCGUCCAAAGCGGCAACGCCUAUCGAUAGACGAGUACUCGACUCUGCGCUUCAGGGGUUACCAAACUGAAGCCUGGGAACAGCGUCUUGAGGAUCUGUUGAGCUUCAGAGAAAAAGAAGGUCACUGCUCAGUACCGCACUCGUACCGUGAGAAUCCAGCUCUUGCCAGAUGGGUCAAACGGCAGCGCUACCAGUACAAGCUUCGGGCUGAAAGGAAAACCUCAACCAUGACGUCAAGUCGAGUCAAAAUCCUGGAGGACAUUGGCUUCGUCUGGGACUCGCAUCUCGCGGUAUGGGAGGAACGCCUGAGCGACCUUCGAAAGUAUCGUGCCCAGAAUGGUAACUGCGAGGUUCCAACACACUAUCAGGCAAACAAGAAGCUAGCUACAUGGGUAAAGUGUCAGCGCCGCCAGUACAAACUUUACCUUGCAGGAAGACCAAGUACAAUGAAUGCAGAGCGCGUGGAUAUCUUGAACAAACUUGGAUUCUCAUGGGACAUGCAGUCUUCGACGAAGAGCAGGUCUUCUGCGCCAUGA